GCUUCGCUCGACCAGGAAGCAGCGCGGCGCAGCGCAGCGAACCGAGCCCGAUCCUCCAUCAUCAACAGGCUCCCGUUUGUUUGUGUCCUGCUCUCUCUUGUCCUCUGCUCUGCUGGCUCAUUUUUCUUUUGGGUUUUAAUAAAUGAAGUGAAAGUAAAAGGGUUCGGUUUGGCUGUGUGAACUCUCCGGAAGCAUGGCGGACGGUCCAGCCGCUGAUGUUGACGAGCCGCCCAAUAUCAUUUUCCCCCCGSUCAUCACUGUGUCCGGCCUGCCCAGCACUGCUGCAGGGCGUAACCUGAAGGAAUGGCUCCAGGAGCAGUUCUGUGACAAACCGCUAGAGCAGGACGACAUGCGGCUCCACAACGCCGCUUACGUGGGCGACCUGGACACCCUGAGGAACCUGCUGCAGGAAGAUGACUUCAGACGGCGUAUUAAUGAGAAGUCGGUGUGGUGCUGCGGCUGUCUGCCCUGUACGCCCCUGCGGAUUGCAGCAACGGCCGGACACGCCGCCUGCGUGGCCUAUCUGAUCGCCCAGGGAGCCGAGGUGGACCUGGUCGAUGUCAAAGGUCAGACGGCGCUCUACGUUGCGGUGGUUAACGGUCACCUGGACUGCGUUCGGAUCCUCCUGGAAGCCGGCGCCGAUCCCAACGGGAGCCGCCACCACCGCAGCACCCCGCUGUACCAUGCGGCGCGGGUCGGGCGGGUGGACGUCCUGCAGGAGCUCAUCAGAUUCAAUGCCGAUGUUGACAUGGACCACCAGCUGGGUCCCCGGCUCCUCCUCAGUGCUCGAACCCUUAACACCCUGGUGGUGUGUCCUCUCUACAUCAGCGCUGCCUACCACCACCUUGAAUGUUUCCGGUUGCUGCUCCUAGCCGGCGCGCAGCCCGACUUCAACUACACAGGGCCCGUCUGCCACGAGGCCCUGACUCGGGGCCUCGCCUCCUGCCUGCUCGACGCAGUGCUGCGACACGGAUGCGAGGUGAGCUUCGUCCACCUGCUGCUGGACCAUGGCGCAGACCCAGCGCUGGUCCCAUGGGAGCAGGUGGAACUGGAGGCGCCAAACCGAAGGAAGGUGGAUCCGGAGGCACUCGGGGUGUUCCUGGAAGCAAAGAAAAACCCUCAAAGGCUCACGUAUCUGUGCCGCAUCCGGAUCCGCAGAGCGAUGGGCAAAAGUCGCCUGAAACACAUAGCUUUGCUACCGCUACCAGAAUCCAUCAAGAACUUCCUGCUGCACCGAAACUGACGUUUGUCCACCGUAAUCCAUGCGGGUAAUAAAAAUGAAUAAAAAAAUCUUAGUAAGUCCCAAAGACAAGCUGUUGUUUGCUUUUUCCUUUAUAAAAAAAUAGACAUUUAUUUUCUAAAUGUUUGGAAGUUAAAAGUUCUGGAUUAACUUUCUGUGACUGUAAGGAUUUUUACAGUUAUUUUCUUUUUUUAAGUUAUCAAAGGAGCCUUAGCCAUGUCUGAACUUGUGAAAACUGUCUUACAACAAAUGUUUUCUUUCAAAUCACAAAAAUGUGUCGUGGCUCUAGUUCAGGUUAGGUGUAAAGACUACAGUAUGAAUUAGCCUGAAUCAAGAGUAAAGUUCUCGUUUGUAGAAGUGUGAUCCAGCUCCUUUAAUUGCUCUUUUACAUUCAUGUAAACCAUGACUUUAUCCAAUCAUCUAUUAAAUAUUUCAAGUUUGAUCUUUAGUAAAGUGUUGCUACAGGCGGCUGUAAAGGCUCAAGGUAGCAAAACAUUUUAUAUAAUUUAAUCUCUAAAAAGAACACUGGUACGUUUCCCUUUUGUUAAUUAAGAUUAUAAAGCCUGUAGCUGGUUACAUUUUCAUGUUGUGGCCAUCUAAAUGAUGUUUUAUUCAUUACCACCCAAACACACUUGUUGAAAUGUUCUGCUGUUUAAUGGUGGUAUUGCACCUUUGUUUUCCUAUAGAUAAGUGUUUAUGAAGUUAACCAAGACCUAGGUUUCUUUUCAGUUUAUAUAAGUUUGGGCUAACCUUCAUUAUUCAUACAGCUACAAAUCCCUAUCACCUGAGAUUCUUGCAUUGGUUUGGUGUGGAGUGCUGUAGAUAGAUGCUUAACCAGCCAUGAUUAACCAAACAUGGUGUCUUUUACAAGGCUUUUUCAGCUGUUGUGUUCUGCUAGUGGUGGCUUAGUUAAUUGCAAUUACCAGUUUGUGCCACUAGAUGGUGUUGCAUCUAUAUGAAACUUCCUUUACGUAAACAUUUUGCGCUUUAUUAAAUUGGUGAAUGAAAGAGCAAACUAAAGGAACGUGAUCCAUACUGUAAUACUGGUAGCUGAAGAGAUGUUUACAUAAUAGAUAUUAUUGCUACAUGUCAGUUUACCGAGAAUAAACAGGAUCCUGACCAACCUGUGACUGUGUAAGAAAAUAUACUACAAGUUCUUUUCUGUAUCAUUGACAAUCUAUAAAAUAUUGAUAGAAGUGUUUUUAACUUUGUAUUUAUUAGCCAGGAAGCUGCCUUCUCUGGGAAUUUGUCACAUAUGUUGUCUUCAGUGCAGGUCUGCUACUUUUUCUCAAAUACUAACAUUUAAAUGUGGUUCAUGUGUAACAUGUCAGUGUGUCUUGCUCUGAAAUUUGUCAUAUUUGUUUGCAAACAUUAAAUCUGGUCUCAGAUGA